AGCCAAGCCGUGUCACCCCUGAGAGGCACGGGCCGAAUCACCAGGACCCAGCAUGCGGGCUCAGCUUCCACCGAGAACACUGCUUAGUUUGGCCCUUGCGCUCCUGUUCCUGAACAUGUCAUGGGCCAAGCGUGGCUGCUCCAGCUCUUCCCCGAAGCUCCUCAGCCAGUUGAAGAGUCAGGCGAACAUCACGGGGAACACGGCAUCGCUCUUGGAGCCCUAUAUCCUCCACCAAAACCUGAACACGCUCUCCCUGAGAGCUGCCUGCACGGAGCACCCUGUGGCCUUCCCCAGUGAGGACAUGCUCCGGCAGCUGAUUAAGCCUGACUUCCUGAGCACCGUGCACGCCACGCUGGGCAGAGUCUGGCACCAACUGGGUGCUUUCAGACAGCAAUUUCCCAAGAUUCAGGAUUUUCCAGAGCUGGAGAGGGCCAGGCAGAACAUCCAAGGCAUCAGGAACAAUGUUUACUGCAUGGCUCGGCUGCUCCACCCACCCCUGGAGAUCCCUGAGCCCACACAGGCAGACUCUGGGGCCUCACGACCCACUACCACAGCCUCAGGCAUCUUUCAGAUCAAGAUAGACAGCUGCCGCUUCCUCUCGGGCUACCAUCGCUUCAUGGGCUCAGUGGGGAGAGUCUUCGAAGAGUGGGGGGAUGGCUCCAGGCGCAGCCGGAGACACAGCCCACUCUGGGCCUGGCUCAAGGGAGACCGCAGAAUCAGACCCUCCCGGAGCAGCCAGAGCGCCAUGCUCAGGUCCCUGGUGCCCCGGUGACCUAAAGACACACUGACAGACAGCGUAGUCUGUUGAGACGGGAUGCCGCCUCGUAGAGGCUUUCAAAGCUACUCCUGUGAUCAGGGCCACGCGGAAGAGCACUUUAAAGGGUGACGUUGAGUGCCCCCUACUACCACUCUGGACCACAAGGAUAGUCAGGUCGUGGUGAUCCCACUCCAAGCCUCCAGUCCCAGUGGGGUGGCUGGGUCAGGCCACGUGUGACCAGAGGCUUUCCAUCGAUUCAGGGGUCUGAUGACACAAGCUGAUUCACCACCCGGGCUGAACCCCUCAGGAUGUUUGGUCCUUUCCUCUUAUGACUUGAAGCCGUUGCCUCCAGACUUCCUCCUUUCCCUGUGGCUGGGUUCCAAAGAGAGGUCUGGUCUGAUGC